GGCCACCGUUCAAACCCCGCGCCAUUGCACUGUGGCCGCGCACGCGCAGCUCACUUGACCGCAUUGACAUUGAGCGUUCAAAUUUCAAGAAAACGCAAAGAUUAGAGAGCGAUUAGGACGUUAAAAGCCGAUUACGAGAGUUGUGUUUCAAAAGCCGACCGAAAAUGAGCCUCUCUUCGACCGUGGUGGCCACAGCCCCCUUCGAGGGCCAGAAGCCGGGCACGAGCGGCCUCCGGAAGAAAGUCAAAGUUUUCAUGGAGAAAAACUACACGGAGAAUUUCGUGCAGUGCAUUUUGGACGCUUUGGGGCCCAAGCUCAAGGGGGCGACGUUGGUGGUGGGCGGCGACGGCCGGUAUUUCUCCAAACAGGCGAUCAAUAUUAUCAUUCGGAUUGCGGCAGCUAAUCAGGUGGCUAGACUGAUAAUUGGGGAACGGGGGAUUUUGUCAACCCCGGCGGUUUCGACGCUCAUUCGCACGCAUAAAGUCUUGGGCGGGAUUGUCUUAACUGCCUCACAUAAUCCGGGCGGAAUUAGGCACGAUUUUGGUAUUAAAUUUAAUAUAGAAAAUGGGGGCCCUGCCCCGGAUUCGUUCACGAACGCUGUGUACGAAUUGACGAAGAAAAUCACGGAGUAUAAGUUCACCCCCGACUUGGAUUGCGAAUUUGAUAAAAAGGGGGUGCAGAAGUUUACCGUUGAUGGGAGGGAGUUUGUGGUGGAAGUUGUGGAUUCGUCCGAUGAUUAUGUGGCGUUAAUGAAGGAGAUUUUCGAUUUUGGGAAAUUGAAAGAUUUGAUUCGGGGGAAUGGGAAAAGGCCGCCGUUCCAGGUUUUGAUUGAUUCAAUGAAUGGGGUGACUGGAGUUUACGUCAGCCGGAUUUUCGUCGAAGAACUCGGUGCCAGCCCUGAUAACAACGUCCGUCGAAUCAUCCCACUAGAUAAUUUCGGGGAAAUACAUCCCGACCCUAAUCUCACCUAUGCCAAAGACUUGGUCGACAAGGUCAAAGAGGACACCACGUACGACCUUGGCGCCGCCUUCGAUGGCGAUGGGGACCGUAACAUGAUAAUUGGGAAGAACGCCUUUUUCGUGACGCCUAGCGACAGCUUAGCUGUCAUUGCCAAUAACCUCGAGUGCAUCCCCUAUUUCCAAAAACGAGGCGUGCACGGAUUUGCCCGAUCGAUGCCGACCGCGGCCGCCGUUGACCGAGUGGCUGCGAAAUUGGGGAAGGAAAUGUUCGAGGUUCCCACGGGUUGGAAGUAUUUCGGGAAUUUGAUGGAUGCGGGGCGCCUGUCUCUAUGUGGGGAGGAAAGUUUCGGGACCGGCUCUGACCAUAUAAGGGAGAAAGACGGGAUUUGGGCCGUUCUGGCGUGGUUGUCCAUCAUUGCACAUAAGAAUAUGAGUGUUGAAGAUAUUUUGACCGAACAUUGGAAAAUCUACGGUCGGAAUUAUUUCACGCGUUACGAUUACGAGGAGUGCAAUACUGACGAUGCGAACAAAAUGAUGGAACAUUUGGAAAAAACAAUCGCCGAUUCGGGUUUUGUUGGGAAGGUGUUUACGGCGGGUGGAAAGUCGUAUAAAGUUAAAAUUGCCGAUAAUUUUUCGUAUAUUGAUCCGAUCGAUAAAAGUUGUGCCAAAAAUCAGGGAAUUAGGGUUUUGUUUGAAGACGGUUCCAGGGUGAUUUAUCGGUUGUCGGGGACUGGGAGUACAGGCGCCACGAUUAGACUGUAUAUUGACAGUUAUGAGAAGGAUAACGUCACUUCCGAUGCACAAGUCAUGUUGAAACCUCUAAUCGACGUCGGUUUGGAAAUCUCCCAGUUGAAGAAGUUCACAGGUCGCGACCAACCCACCGUCAUCACAUAAAACCCUAUGUGUGUGUCAAAAUCUAGGAUGUCAUGGAGUAGUAACCGUUGUGGCAUUUAUUGUGAUCAUUCGUUGCGUAACAAUUUUUUUUAAAUGUUUUAUUUGUCUACCUAUAUUUCUAUUUGUACAAAUUCUUAUCGGAAAUAAAUUAAGGUAAAUCAAAA